UGUCAUGAAUUGCUCACGUAAAUAUCUAUCUAUAAACGUUCCGCAAUAAUCCAAAGUUUAUAGUACAUUACCCUUGAAAUUUUAUCUUCAAAUACUACGUGUAACCGGUAACCGCUAAGUGAUAAAGCAAUAAUUACCUUCUUAAGUAUUCUAUGAUGGCAGAAAAAUUGGAUAUUAUACUAUUUGGUGUAACAGGAUUCACUGGAAAACACGCUUUAAAGUAUGUACACAAAUUUUCUUCUGCUAGAGGUCGGCAUUUGACCUGGGGCGUUGCUGGAAGAAAUGAGUCUAGAAUACGCGCAAUAUUAACUGAUUUGGAGAAAGAAACUGAAGAUGCAAGUAUUGCUAAGGUCCCUAUUAUCCUUGCGGAUCUCUCAGAUCCUCAAACGAUUCAAAAUAUGGCCUCAAGGGCUAGACUUAUUAUCAACUGUUGCGGCCCUUACAGAUUUAUGGGAGAAACUGUUGUUAAAGCUUGUGUAGAAGCUGGUACUCACCACGUUGAUGUUAGUGGAGAGCCAAUGUUUAUGGAAAAAAUGCAGCUCGAGUAUAAUGAGAAGGCUAAAGAAAAGGGUAUUUACAUUGUCAGUGCUUGUGGUCUUGAUAGUAUCCCUUGCGAUUUGGGCUUGAUCUUUCUACAGAAGAAAUUUGAAGGCACCUUAAACUCUGUUGAAACGUUCCUGAAAACUGGUACUGAGGAUCCAUCACUGACGGGGCCUGCUAUAAAUUAUGGUACAUGGGAAUCAGCAGUUUAUGGAGUGGCAACAGCGGACCAGUUGAGACCUCUAAGGAGUAAAUUAUUUUCUAAAAAGUUGCCCAAGCUAGAACCUCGUCUAGCAACCAACAAAUUACCAUUCAAAGCUCCCAUUGAUGAUGAGUGGGCAGUUGUUUUUCCAGGUUCUGAUCGAUCCGUAAUGAUAAGAACUCAGCGCUAUUUAUAUGAAGAAAAGAAACAGCGUCCCGUGCAGGUUCAAACUUAUUUCCUGGUAGCUACUUUUUGGCAGUUGAUGAUAUUAGGAGUGUUUGGAAUAAUAUUCGCUCUCCUUUCGAAAUUUCAAUUUGGCAGAAACUUGUUACUGAAGUACCCAAGUUUAUUUUCUGGCGGUGCAUUUGACACCAAAGAACCAUCAGAAGAAGUAAUUGAGAAAUCUUGGUUCAAAAUAUCUUUGGUUGGAAAGGGCUGGAAAGAAAAAUUGGCAGGACCUGAAGAUCAAUAUAAAAAUCCUCCAAACAAGGGUAUUCUUGCAGAAGUUAGAGGAAAGAACCCUGGUUAUGGAUCAACCUGUAUCUGUUUGGUUUUGGCUGGAAUUGUUAUACUCACUGAACCCUCUAAUCUUCCAAAAGCUGGUGGUGUGUAUUCUCCAGGGGCCACCUUCUCUGAAACAUCACUCAUUGAACAACUCGAUGAGAAUGGAGUUACCUUCAAAGUUAUUAAAGAAUAUGAUAUCAAUGAGUAGAAUUGUUAUCAUGAUUUCACCUUAUCAGUUGCAAUAUUUGUUUUUAUUUUAGUAGGUGUUAGAGAUAUUUUCAGUUUGUUAAUAUUUAUUUUAAAAGUUUGGUGUUUAUCUCUCAAAACAAGUUUUUAGGAAAAAACAAAUUCAUCACACUUCUAAAGGCAUAAUGGCUUAGCUUUUGUCUUGCUUAUGCUUUUGUCUGUUCUUAUGUACCAAUUGAAAUAUUGUAGAUGACCAUCUUUCUAUUUUAUAAUGGUAAAAUUAGAUAUUGUUUGUUAUUCUAUCUGAAAACUAUAGAAUAUUUGACUUUGUUUUUUCUGUGAACUUUUAUUAUUAUUUGUUUGGUUGUAAUUUUGUAUUUGGUUUUCUUAUUUGAUAUCAUUUAAACUUCAUUUAUCUUGAAAGCUUUAUGCAUUCAGUAUUUAAAUGUUUCCUUAUGGAUGGGCUGAAGUUUCUAUUUGUUAAAAGUCUGAAAAGGAGAAUUGUACUGAAUAUGAUUUUGAUAUCCUGAUUGUUAGUGAAUGUAUUGAAGAUUACAGACAAUUCCAAGCUGAAUAACAAUGAUUGUGUGCUCAUCAAACUAUCUAGAUUUAACUUCGCAACCAGGACAUCAAAAUUAAUGUUACUAAUGUGAAAUGAAAAGUACUUAUUUUUAUACUCGUUGAUGAAAAUUUUUUCAAAAUAUAGUCUUUGUAUUUAUUAUAUAUACCUGAAACAUGGAUUACUAUUUAACCAGUAUAUAUUUUUAUUGCAUUUAAUAUUUUUAACCGUAAUCUUUUGAAUAUAUGUUUAUUGGGAA